UGCUGCUGUGUGUGCAGAGGCCACUCCUCCCUGUGUGUGUGUGUGUGAGCCGUGGUAUAAAACACACACACACAGGUUGCCGCACGCUGACUUUGUGUUGGCUGUUGUGGGAGCUGACACCAUGAAGGCUGCUGUGCUCGUGUACUUUGCUCUUGCAGUGCUGUCGCUGACUGGCACCGCCGCGGCCGCCAGACCGCCGGCAACGGAGACGCCCGCAGCCCCAUUCAGCCCCAACAGCCCCACCCCCACACCCAAGACCACCACCACCACCCCUGCACACAACGCCACCACCCCUGCACACAACGCCACCACCCCUGCACACAACGCCACCACCCCUGCACACAAGACCACCACCCCUGCACACAACGCCACCACCCCUGCACACAACACCACCACCCCUGCACACAACACCACCACCCCUGCACACAACACCACCACCACCCCAACAACCACACCUCGACCGGCGCCUACACCAAGCGCCAACCUGACAGUGGGGAACUACACCCUGAUGAAGGGCAAGGCGGUGUGCCUGAUGGCCAUGAUGGCGCUUCAGAUCCGGGUGCAGACGCCAGAGGCCAAUGGAACCUUCAUCGUUCAGCCGAACAAGACGAAGACCCAAGGAGGCUGUGGAGACACCACGGCCAACCUGACGCUGGCCUUCAAGGAGGGCUUCAUCACGUUCCUCUUCAACAAGAGCGUCGCGGACGACGCCGUCUACGUCAACGAGCUGCGCUUCAGGCUGUCCUACUCCUUCGUCGGCGGAGGUAAUGCAGAUUACCAGGCCGACAACAGCUCGGUGCACCUGUUUUCCGCCCGGGUGGGCCACUCCUACUCCUGCAGGGCCCAGUCGCUCAGCAUGGGCAAAGGACUGUACCUGGACGUGGACCAGGACCGGAUGCAGGCCUUCAACCUGACCAAGGCCAACGAGUUCGGCACUCCCGACCACUGCCCGGCCGACCAGUCGGACUACCGCGUGGCGGUGGGCGUGGGCGUGACGCUGCUGGUGCUGAUCGUGGUGGUGGUGGUGGUCUACCUGCUGGGCCGCCGGCGGAGGACCGACGGCUACCAGUCCCUGUGAGCGCCACGGCGCCCCCUGGAGACACUGGGACUCUUUCUUCUUUUGUUUUUUUCUAGGGAGCUAAAGGGCCUGAGCUGCAAAGCGUCUGUUGUUUAUUGUGUUUUUUUUUUGUCUCAGCUUUCUGGAGUUACUCUUCUUGCCAGUGUUUGUUUGCUCGGAGGCUGCAGGUCACGUUUCUUUUGUCGUCCUCUGAAAAGUUUCUGUAAAGUCCGACCAGCUGAUACCACAAGAACAGGAAAGUCCGGUUGUGGGAAUUUAGUUGUUCCCUCUUAUAAAAAAAAUUUGCAUGGAACGAAACAAACAACCGUUACUGUCCUACUAAAACUCAGUUUUCAUGCUGAAGUAUGUCGGAGAGGAAGUGUUUCAAAGUCAACAGUGGCAAACCUAAACACUCAGAUUAGCAUGCCCGGAGAUUUUAAUCCACUUACAUCAACUGUCUUUGGCAAAUGUUUUUAAAAAUGGAGAUUUUGAUAUUUUUUAUUGUAAUUUUAAUAAGUGUGAAAAUGUUUUAGAUGCACUAAAAAUCCCUCAAACACAACAGAACGAAUAGGAUAUUUAAAAAAAAAAAACAUCAAUUUAAUUUGUCAAAGGUGAAAGUUGAGUUUGUCUUUUAUCCUCCAGAAAAUGAAAUUAAACUAAUGAAACUAAAUAUGUUUUUAAUUCCAAACGGUCUCAGUUGAACUGUUUGCUGUAGGCGAGUUUCAGACCUCAGCGGGUCUCUUCUGGUCCAGGAUCAGUUCAGUCCUGGACUCACUGUGUAAAUACUGCGUAAACUGAACGACUGUCAGAAUGUAUUCCUGCACUUCAAGGAUUUACAGCCUGAAAAGAGGCUCCACUGCUUCAAAUACAUCCUUUGCACCAAGAAGCAUUUAUACAUCUUGGAGUCUGUAAAUUAGCUUCAGCCUUGCUAGCUUGAGCAUCCUUGAUACCUGCAGGCCCAUGUUGGGACAUAAUGCACUAAAUGAAGGUCAACCUGAUGCCGUCACCUCCUGGGGAUUGAGCCGUUCAGCUGCACAGUUCAUGCUAUUAUAGGAAAUAAUAGAAAAUAAGCCGAUCCUUCUCAAUUCCUGGUGAGAGUUUUCUUUCCCACGUUUUACUAUUUUCUUCAAUUGAUCAUUAACUUAGAGUAAACCAAACAUUGAAGUGCGGGUUGAGCCGGUGUCGGCGAGGAUCUCAGGGCGGCUGCAGCUCCUGGUUUUGAUGGAAGCACAGGCUGAUGGGAGACGUGGGCCGGCGUCUGACCUCCUGAUCGAUCGAUCCGGGUCUCGGCAGCGAAGCAGACUCAGGAAACCGCCGCAGGGUUUCGGUCUUGAUCCGCUGAAGCCUUCUACGAAUCACUCUGUUCAGUCUUUAUAGUAUUUAAGUUUCAUUUCCAGUUGAAUUAUUUGAAACGAUCAAACUUUUUCAUGAAAUUCUAUUUUUUCACUGCGUCGUUACCUGAUGUUGGAAUCCUGUGCCAAUAAAUUCUGACAUCCAUGUUACCACA